ACUGUCCACCUCUGUAAGGUGACACCAGCAGCUCCCUGCAGCAGGCGGUGCAGGAGACUUUUACUCCACCUUGUUACUGUGUUGUUACUUACAUGUGGCGGAGCUGAACAUCUGGCUCAGAGUGAUGAAGGCUGCGUGUGUGUGAGAGAAACUGGGAGAAGAAACUUACAGGAAACUUUAUGAAAGAGGAAACCUGCUGUUUGUUAGCGUGUUGGUCCGUCAAAAGACCGCUCGGAGCCGAAGCAUGGACAGCGAAGUGGAAGAGAUGAACACCAGUCCUGACAGUCCUCUGAGCCCGAGGCACCUGACCGGGUUGGGGAUGAACUGUCUCCUUGGUGAAAGGUACAGACACUCUGGGCCCGGCCUCGCCAGUCCUCAGGAGUACAACCAGUGGCUGCCUUAUCGCCAUGACGCCAGCCUGCUGCCCAUGAAAGAAGACCUGGCCUUCUGGCUCAACACCCUCAUGGGUGUGGACCUCACAGCCGACAGUCUGAUGGAGAAGUUGGAUAACGGUGUUGUCCUCUGUCAGCUCGCACAGCUGCUCCAGGAGAAGAUGAUGCACACCAACAACGGCAAGGAAAGAACCAAACCUUUAAUAAGAAGAGUGAUCCACUGGCGAGCCGAUGCAACUUCUGGAUCGUUCUUCGCCCGAGACAACACCGCCAACUUCCUCUACUGGUGUCGAAAGACCGGCGUUGAUGAGGCUUACCUCUUUGAGUCGGAGGAUUUGGUCCUCCACAAGCAGCCUCGGGAGGUGUGUCUGUGCCUGAUGGAGCUGGGACGGAUUGCAGCCAGGUACGGAGUGGAGCCUCCGGGGCUGGUGAAGUUGGAGAGAGAGAUAGAAAGGGAGGAGGCGGGGUGCUUAUCUCCAUCAUCCCCUCUGCCCUUCUCCUUUUUUCCUCCUGCAUCAUUGUAUUCAACACCACAAUCAUCCCUACCCCCAGCCCCCUCUCCUCCUCCUCCUCCUUCCUCCCUCUCAGCCUCUAACCCUUGUACAACCACCGCCUCCACACAGACACCUUUGUUCUCUUCAUCCUGCAACACAUCUGCUGCAGCAUCACCGGGACAAACCCCGGCAUCCACUCCCAAAGUCUCCUCCACCUCCAUAAUCAACCACACUCCCACAGCGACACCUCCCAUCACCUCCCCACCUGCAGCUGCUCGCUCCUCCAGCAGAUCCACGAGCAGGAGGAGCACGGCCACCAACAACAUUUUGGAUGAUAUUGUGAGGAACAUUAUAGAAAAUCCCCCCUGCAGCUGCCCCACCAGGUUCCUUGUGGAGAAGCAACCGAAAAGCUGCUACCGUGUUGGAGACAAAGUUCUGUAUAUACGGAUGUUGAAUGAGCGUCACGUGAUGGUGCGUGUGGGCGGAGGCUGGGAGACCUUCAUAAGUUACCUGCAGAAACACGACCCCUGCAGAGGAGGCGGGCCGCUCGGCAGGUCGGAGGUCCGGGGCUGCAGGGACAAAGUGAAGCGGCCCAGUUUGAACAUCUCACCUGACAGCUACAUGGUGGUCGGGGCUCAUUACCGGAGCAAGAAGUAG